AUGGCUGUUUCAUUUAUUAAACAAUUAGAAGCUGUUAGUAGCAGAAGCUCCUGUGUAAACAUUUUACUCUGGUCUGUCUUCUGUUUUGGUAUUUUAAAGUCAACAACUUUACUCUUGAGGUUUUUAGCAUGUUUCUUUGAUUUAUUUGUGUUGCCACCGGUCGAUUAUAAGAAAUAUGGUGCUAAGAAUGGUAACUACUGUGUUGUCACAGGUGCUAGUGAUGGUAUUGGUAAAGAAUACGCUGCUCAAAUGGCUAAACGUGGUUUCAACUUAGUAUUGAUUUCAAGGACAUUGUCUAAAUUAGAGACUAUUAAAAGAGAAUUCACUGAAAAAUAUCAUAUUAAAGUUGAGAUUUUAGCAAUUGAUGUCUCUGAGGACUCUGCUGAAAAUUAUCAACAAAUUAAAGAACUAUGUGAAAAAUUACCAAUCUCUGUUCUAAUUAACAAUGUUGGACAAUCUCAUUCUAUCCCUGUUCCAUUUCUGGAGACUGAAGAAAAAGAAAUGAGGGAUAUUAUUACAAUCAACAACACUGCAACUUUAAUGAUCACUCAAAUAAUCUCCCCAAUCAUUGACAAGACCGUCAAUGGGUCUUCCAAGAAAUUACGUGGUUUAAUAUUAACUAUGGGCUCCUUUGGUGGUUUGAUCCCAACGCCUCUACUUGCCACCUACAGUGGCUCUAAAGCAUUUUUACAAAGUUGGUCUAAUGCCUUAGCUGGGGAGUUAAGUGAGAAAAAUAUUGACGUGCAACUUGUUGUUUCAUAUCUGGUCACCAGUGCUAUGUCCAAGAUAAGACGUUCAUCUGCCUUAGUGCCAACUGAAAAAGCGUUUGUUGCUUCAACUUUAAAGAAUGUUGGUAGACGUUGUGGUGCUCAAGAAAGAUAUGCCACCAUUACACCAUUCUGGUCGCACGCUAUCUAUGAAUUCCUAAUAGAUGAAUCAUUCGGUGUGUACUCCAAGAUUGUCAAUAGUAUCAACUACUCUUUCCAUAAGUCAAUCAGAAUUAGAGCUUUAAAGAAAGCUGCGAGAGAGGCCAAGAAAAAUUAA